CUGAUUUUAGUUUGGAGGCCCUGGGGUAUGUAUAUUCACUGUGCAAACUUCAGGUUCCGGUCGCGCACGGGUCGAGCCGCGGGGUAUGAGCCGCGCGGGCCGCCGUAGUCAGCUGUUGCGAGCCGGAAGUGUCCGAGGAGUGGGUGGAGACUGCACCAUGGCCCCGGACGCCUGGUUCUCUACCUACGAUUCUACCUGCCAAAUUGCACAAGAGAUUGCUGAGAAAAUUCAACAACGAAAUCAGUAUGAAAGAAAUGGUGAAAAUACAACCAAGCUUACCGUGACAAUCAGAGCUUUGUUGCAGAAACUGAAGGAAAAGAUCGCCCUUUUGAAGGACUUAUUGCUAAGAGCUGUGUCAACACAUCAGAUAACACAGCUCGAAGGAGACCGAAGACAAAACCUUUUGGAUGAUCUUGUAACUCGAGAGAGACUACUUCUGACAUCCUUUAAGAACGAGGGUGCAGAACCAGAUCUCAUCAGGUCCAGCCUGAUGACUGGAGGGGCCAAGCGAGGAGGACCCAACCCGUGGCUCUUCGAGGAGCCGGAGGAGACCAGAGGCUUGGGUUUUGAUGAAAUCCGGGAACAGCAGCAGAAAAUUAUCCAAGAACAGGACGCAGGCCUUGAUGCCCUUUCCUCCAUCAUAAGUCGCCAGAAACAAAUGGGGCAGGAAAUUGGGAAUGAACUGAAUGAACAAAAUGAGAUAAUUGAUGACCUUGCCAACCUGGUGGAGAAUACCGAUGAGAAACUUCGCACCGAAACCAGGCGUGUGAAUCUGGUGGACAGGAAGUCCACGUCUUGUGGGAUGAUAAUGGUGAUUCUGUUGCUGCUCGUGGCUAUUGUGGUCGUUGCAGUCUGGCCUACUGACUAGUGGCCGUCCAGGGACCACCAGCCGGGACACCUGCCAGUGAUGGAGUAAAGUUCAGCAUCCUCUUGGUGCCUGAAAGCCACUCUCAAUAAAUUCCCCCAAAGCUCUGAA